UGCAACUUCUCCAAACACUCAUUACUCUACAAAAGCGUCCAGAUACACAGCGCGCAUUUGAAAUUCUCAAAGAGGAUAUAUCAAGGAAGCCACACCUACUUCCAUUACGAACUGAUCACAAAGGAAACAAACAUGUUCAGUCAUUUGAACAAUUGAUGAAACAUGCCGACGACUAUGAAUCGGAAUUUAGGCGUCUUUAUUCAGAAACUGCCAAACCAGACAAUCCAAAUUCCAAUAAAAAGUUUCGAGAGGCUGUAAAUUUAACUCCAGGAACUAUUUUCUGUGGACAGCUGGGGGGUCCACGACCUACAAAGGAUCGUCCGCUCCCAGUAUAUUAUGAUAGCUGGAAACAAUUGACGACGCUCGAUGGUCAUAAUCAACCAACAUAUUGUGUAAUAUUCGAUAAGACAGGAAGAAGAGUUUUUACAGGGAGUGAUGAUUCAUUGAUCCGUGUAUGGUGUACAAGUACUGGAUCAUUACUCCGGGCAUUAUAUGGGCAUACAAAAGCAAUAGUGGACAUGUCGAUUAACUGUAAAAAUGACUUACUUGCUACGUCGUCCAAUGACAAAACGGUUGUUGUGUGGAGUCUUGACACAUACACUGCAAUACAUCGAUUUGGGAUGGACGAAAUGGCGACAUCAAUCCUUUUUUCCCCGACUCCGAUUGCCGAGAAUCGCUACCUGAUCGCGACUUCGGACAACUGGCAUACGUGGGUGUGCAAAUAUGAUGAUACUGACAAUAGUUUUGGACCUACUUCUAAAAUAAAACCUGUGAAUGCAGUUGGGUCAAACAAUAGAAUGAAAUGCACAUCAUUCAACUAUACGGGCUCUAUGUUUGCAAUUUCUGGUACUGAUGGGCUUGUUCGCGUAUAUUCAACAAUCGGUGGUACUGCCUUGUAUGAUAAUAAUAAUAAAAAGGGUAAAAAAGCAAAAAAACCUUUUGAUCUUGUCGAAAUAAUAAAACAAUCGUCUGAUCCGGAAGAUUCUGAUGAUUCCGAUGAUGAUCUGAUUGGCAACCUCCUUCUUGCUGGCGUAAAGUCUUCCAACGGCCAAAGUACUACUCAAUCUACUGAAAAAGUAGCUCCAAUACAAAAUAGACAACCAAUUUCAUCUUUAUCAAAACAUUACAAUGCUGUCCCGUCGACAUCAAAACAGCCAAUUGUUACCGCUGUAUUAUCGCCGAGUAGUAACAUUUCUUUAGAAUCAACAUCAAAAUCUCAUUCAAGCUUAAAUAAUUUUCAAUCGAGUACGACAUCGCAGCCCUCCACCACGAUAGUUUCACAGUCUACAUCAAGUCCAAUUGUUCAAACAAGACUU